CAGUUGUUACCGGUAGUGACCGUGUUUCCCUUUCCCCUAUCCCAGUUGCCACUACCUGGUUACGAUAGAAGUGACGUUUUGAUGGCUACGUUCGCUGAAUGGAAAGUUGUACCAGCUUCAUGUAGUGAGCCAUGUCCAGCCCUAACAUCUUCUCAUGAUGGAGAUCCAGUUGUCACCAUAAAAGUGGAGGAAGCCUUAGAUACAAAGGUGAGGGGGGAUCUGCCUCCAGCAAUGUAUUCAGAAAUGAAUGCCGAACAUGAGAACUGCAUGGGUUUGGAGAAAGAUAUACUGGGUGCAUAUAGUGAGAUAUGUCCAACAUCUUAUGAUGGAAAUCGGGUCAGUAGUGUGAAAGCCGAGUAUGUCUCAGAUAUGAAAGAGGAGGAGGAGAAAGUUCCUGUGCCGGUGCCUUUUCAAGUAGUAAAUGCUGAACGUGAGAAAGAUGCACCACCAUCUUCUCAUGAUGCCAAGCAGGUGAUCAGUAUAAAAGUUGAGGAAGGCUCAGAUAUAGAUGAGGAGGAGAAUCUUGUGCCAUUUACAUAUCCAGGAGUAGAGGCUGAUGAUGAGCAUGAAGAAACUGAUAGUUCCAAUGGUUUUGUCACUACUUCCACCCAGUUUUGGAGAAAGUCUGCAUUCCAGAAUCUGAGAGCAGUGUACCCCUACCAAGUUUUAACCAGGGAGAAGUGGUGCUGUAAAUGAACCUGAACGCAAGUACACUGGGGAGCAUCCAUUUUCUUGCAAUGUGUGUAAUAAGACAUUGAGUCGGCAGGCUCAUCUGAGAGAACAUCU